AUGCCCGUCAAUACACGUCAGUCAACACGCUUGACAACUGCAGAGUCGCCCCAGAGAAUCACCACAAUGAUGUGGCACCAGGCCGCGUUGCCCAGUAGAGCAAGGCGAUCACCAAAGCGUGCCACUGCGCAGUCCUUCCCCCUCUUCAAGCUCCUUCCCGUUGAGCUUCGACUCAUGAUUUGGGAGGAAGCUCUCAGACAAGAUCUCGACCAGCGAGUGAUCACGUACAACGGCCACCUCGGUUUUAUUCUCAACAGUUCCCUAUGCUCAGCAAUGCUAGCCACGACACGCGAGAGCCGUUCUUGUGCUAAAAAGUGGUUCAACCUCAAACUUGACGUUCUUUCAUAUGGCACUGAAAUCAACACAGGCGUGGUCUACCUGCGCAUCGAGAAAGAGCUCAUCAACAUUACCCUAUCGUUGGCUUGGCCCCAGAGGAUUCAUCCUAAGCCUCAAUAUACUCGGCAGCGUCCACAGAGGUUCGCGCCAAGAUUUGCAACAUCAUGCUUGACUUGA